AUGGAUUUUUACAUAUCAGCAACUCUCACUGCGCUUGGUAAGUAUUUUACAUGUCGAUUGAACGUUUAAAAUGGAACAUUUCAGGGUUGAGUCAAAAAAUUCCGCUUACCUUUCCGUCUUCAGAGCAAAUGGAGUUUAUCGAGUUAGUUUUGAAUGAAAAAGACAUUGUACGUUCAGAGUUUUCUGUUUUCCCCCAGCAAACCUUGCUUUAGGUAGCCGCACUGCAGAAUAAUUUGGAGAAGGUGCAAGAUUUUGAGCAAAACGGGAUUCGAGGUCAUGUUUCCGCAGAGACAUUCUUCAGAAAACUUCGAUUAAUCAGUCAAAGAGGUUCUUAUCGGUCAGCGUCAAUUCGGAUGGAUGUUCAGGCAAGUAAUGUGAAAAGUCUGGCCGAUUGUCAUUGAUUUUUGACGGGCGGAGCGGUUAGACCGUGGGUAGCGUGGAUAGAAUGACAGAAGUGGGCUAAAGACCAGUGAAAGCACACGGAUUAUUUCUAGCAGUUGAACAAUUUAUGACAAAUACACUAUUAGCUUCAUUUCAUUUAUUUGAUUGACAAACUGACAGUUCACAAUGUUUUUGUGGUACUUUUACAUGUUUCACGGACAAAGACAAAUAAUUAUUAUUAAAAAAAGUAAACAAAUAAUUUUUCCAUCACUUUUCCAGGUUUCCAAUCGUGUAAGCGAUAAUGCUCCGGACUGCAACUUGAACAUGGUUCUGAAGACCGCCAAUUGGACAAAAACACUCAACAUCGCCCCGCCAACUGCCGAAAAGCUACUUGAUGAGCUGAAGAAAGCGAGAGCUACCAUCAGAAAAAACAAAGCUGUAUACCGACAAGAUAUUCAAUGA